AUGGCUGCGACAGUCCCUUGCCAGUACAAGACCGGCCGAACACUUGGACAGGGGACGUACGCUGUCGUGAAAGAAUGCGUUCACAUCAAGACGGGCAAGUACUACGCGUGCAAGGUCAUCAACAAGCGGUUGAUGGCGGGAAGGGAGCAUAUGAUCCGUAACGAGAUCAGCGUCCUCAAGUCGAUCUCGCAGGGCCACAAGAACAUCGUCACGCUGUGGGACUACUUCGAGACUCAGAACAACCUCUACCUCGUCACCGACCUUUGCCAAGGCGGCGAGCUCUUCGACCGUAUCUGCGCCAAGUCGUACUUCCUUGAGGAGGAUGCGGCGAAGCUCGUUCGUACUGUUAUGGGCGCGGUCGAGUACUUGCACUCGCAUGGGAUCGUUCACCGAGACAUCAAGCCGGAGAACCUCCUCUACCGCUCAAAGGACGAAGACUCGGACCUCCUCCUUGCCGACUUCGGUCUCUCGAAAGUCAUGGACGACCAGCAGUUCUCGGCGCUUACGACGACGUGCGGAACGCCUGGGUACAUGGCGCCUGAGAUCUUCAAGAAGCUGGGACACGGCAAGCCUGUCGACAUCUGGGCGAUGGGCGUCGUCACCUACUUCCUCCUCUGUGGCUACACCCCCUUCGACCGAGACAACCAGGUCGACGAGAUUCAGGCGAUCUGCAAUGCCGACUAUGCGUUCGAGCCGGAGGAGUACUGGACGGGCGUAAGCGAUACCGCCCGCGACUUCAUUAACCGCUGCCUCGUCAUUGACCAAACGAAGCGCAUGACGGCAACCGAAGCUCUCGCGCACCCGUGGCUCGCCCAACUCGCUCCAACCGCCUCCGCGACCGCCCAAGCCCAACGACCCGACCUCCUUCCCUCGUUGCGCAAGAACUUCAACGCCAAAGGAACGUGGAAGCGCGCCAUUAUGGGCGUCCGCGCGGCCGGUGCGCUCAAGGCUGGAGGUGAGGCGAGGAGGGCGACGUUGUUGGCGGAGGCGACCGGAACCGAGGAGGAGAGGCAGAGGGUGUUUGAGCAGGCACAGCGGGCGAAGCAGGAAGCCGAGGAGGAGGCGAACCAAGUUGAGUCGGCGUCUGUCUUCGCCUACUGA